AUUUUACUUUUGUCAUACCUCUAAUUAUAGUCAAAAUGAAAUGCGUGGACAGCGUGGUGGUGAAAUUGUGAUAAUCAUUUUAUUUUAUGUGGCUGUUACUUAAUAUAUUGUGUUAAAUUAAAUGCUCAUCAUGGAUUGGAAAAGUGCGAAGAUUCUCCUAGCGUCUACAGCCACUGUAGUAGUGGCUUCACAGGUGGUGAAAAAAUUAUGCAAAUAUUUUUUCAAUCAAAGAAAAGCUCCUGAUUGCGACCCAAUUAGUGACGACACAUGCAGUGAUGUUUUAAAUAUGAAAAAUCGAGAAAUAAAUGAUGUUAUAUUAUUCUCGGAUGAUCUUGUUCGGCACACAAUCAGAGUCCCACCGAAUAAAGACGUAACUAUAUGUGAAAGCAGAGAAUUGAAUUGUUUUAAAUUAAUCAAAUAUAUUAAGUCAGCCCGGGAAACUCUAGAUGUUUGUAUGUACCUUAUAACAAGCAGUGAAAUAGCAGAACAAAUAAUAAGGUUGGGACAGAAACAUGUGCUUGUAAGAAUAGUUGUUGACAGUGAUAUGGCAUUCACACCUCUAUCGCAAAUAAAAAAAUUAAAGGAAUAUAGUUUUAUACAAGUACAAAUGAAUAAAAAAUCUAUUCUUAUGCAUCACAAAUUCUGCAUCAUUGACGGCCCAAAAGCUAUCAAGAGGAAAAAUGUACUUAAAGCAUAUGCAGAAAAAUUAAACGUGCACGCACAAUUUGCAAGGCACCCCAUAAAACAGCUAAAAUCAAAACCUGUAAGAGGUUUUGUUAUGUCUGGUUCAUUGAAUUGGUCCACGAAGGCAAUGGUUUCUAAUCAUGAAAGUGUUAUUGUAACAUCUAAUUCUAAUAUCGUCGGUAAAUUCGAGAAAGAAUUCGAAAGUCUAUGGGUGGAAGAUGAGCCGGUGCUUAUGUCUAAUAUAUGACGAAAAACCAUCUAGCAAUUUAAGUACAAAAAAUCAUUACUCAACUUAUUUUAUAACGAAAUGGAAGCCUACACGAUCGGGAUGUAUUCAUUGAACAUGCAAAAUUGUCAGAAAAAGUGCAAUAUUUAUGGAGAUGUGAUAAAUUCAGUGCAUCUUAUUUAUGUGGAUUAUAAAUUAAAAACGUGAAAAAAAUUAUAUGUGAUGUGUGCUAGAUGGUUGUGUUUUGAAAAGUGCGUUUUGGAUGCAGUGCUAAAAGAUGGCGUUGAUGGAAUCAUU